AUGAACACUGCAGAUCGAGAGCCGCUGAAGAAGAGAGGAUCCAACUAUAGCAGUGGUGGUGGCAGAAUCUCCGCCGGCGACCCUUAUGCGUCUUCACCGUCCAAGAAGAAACGGAUGGCAGAUAACAGUGUCGUUGAUGCCAAGACCAACGACACCACCGGAGCCUUGGAGGCUCCAGUUCCGCGCCAACGGCGCCCCGUGCCAGCUGCAGCUUCACGGGAACUGGCAGCGGAACUCCCAGCGCCAGCAGCAGCUUCGCCGGAGCCCGCAGCAGGCAACGCCGUGUCCGAGUCCGACGAAGAGAAUAAGCGGUUGAGCAAGGGAAAGUGGCUAGCCAGGGAAGAGAGCAGCCGCAGCCUGAUUACGGUUACGCCGCAGCCGCCGGUGAAGAAUCUGAUGCACGAUGGGAUCCGUAGCUUCGUCCCCCUCCCCCAGCAGUUGCGUGAUGAGCACCGUCAUGCCGCCGUCGCCGCCGCCGAGGCGGACGACUACGUGCCGUUGCCGUUGCACGGGUCCCCCGCCCUGAACUCGGCGCUGAAGCGGCGCCUCGCGGAGCUGGGCGCCACGCGGCCGUGGCUGGUGCACAGCAAGACCCUCCACAAGAGCGACGUAGACGAGAACCAGAACCGGCUGCUGGUGUCGUGCAAGCGCGGGAGCGGGACGGAGGACUGCCCCAUCACCCGGUGCUUCUCGCCCGCCGAGCUGGAGCGCGUGAAGAAGAAGCACGCCGGGCUGGCGGUCACGGCCCUGGACCGGGACGGCGUCCCGUACGCGCUCACCUGCAAGUUCCUCGACUCCAACAACGGCUACCGGUUCAUCUCCGAGUGGAAGCACUUCCUCAUCCGGAACGGCAUGAACCUGGACUCCCAGAAGCACAAGCUCUGGACGCGCGACGUCGAGGUGGAGCUGUGGGCGUUCCGGUCGAGCCAGCUGCCGUUCCAGCCUCAGCUCGACGCCGAGGGGAAGGUGGUCACGGUAACAACCAAAGAUGAGGACGGCAAGAAGGUCACGGUCGUCCAGCGGAUAUCCCACCACUUGGAUGCGGACGGCGCCCUCGGCCUUCUCCUGCUGCACCACGAGAACAGGAGACGCGUCGUCAAGAGGGAGGAGGAGGAGGACGACGACGACGACUGGAAGGGGCCAUCGUCGCCGCCGUCGGUGGCCCGUAAGAAGGGCAAGCAAAAAAUUGGCAAGCAGGGCGCGUCGGCGUCGGCGUCACCGGUGGCGCUUCCCGCACCUGUGGUGGAGCAGGGAGGGGCGCCGCGGUCCAAGCCGGCGUUCUAUGCUGCGGUCGGACUGGCAAAGCUACGGCAGGCCAUUUGGGACCGGUGGCAGGAACACGCCAACCGAGGAAAUGGCGCUAAGGGCUUAUCCAACGACGUGGCUAAAUCACCAGUGGACGUGGCUAAACCACCAGCAGACGUGGAGGGAGAGAAGAUUGAUAAAAAUUAA